GAAAUGAAAUCACCUCUACCGCUCGAGUGACCAAAAUGAACAUGAUUUUAACUGGAGAUGGUCAUAACAACAUCGAAAGAAAGAAUAGUUUAAAAAACCCAGCCACUAGUCAAUAUGACAUAGUGAUUACCACUAUGCCUUUUUCUUUAAAAGGGCCCUUUGAGGAAUAUAAAGACAAUUAUUAUUUAGGUAAAGCAAAUGGUAAUAGUCUUUGUAUCGAACAUUGUUUAGAUGCGGUGAAAAAAGAUUAUAGAGGAAAGCGAAUACCUUAUGCUAAUUCUAAUGCCGUUAUUUUUUACCUAACCGCUCCCAAGGAAAAAGAGCAAAAGGAAGAUGGUAGCGAAGAAGAAAAACUCAAAAAUGGUUUUCAAAAGUUAGAAGUGCAAGAGAUAAAGAAAAAUUUUUUUGUUAGUAUUCCUGGUCUCUAUAAAAAAUUUGACUUUGAAGAAAAUAAACACGAAAUAAUCCCUUUAGCUGAAAGAUUUAAGGAAAGAGUAGCUGCCAAAGACACUGCGGAUUAUAAAUUCGUUCAUCCCCAACACUUUGCUUAUCGACCACCGGGAGUUAACAUAGAUUAUAUUUGUUAUAAUAACAAGGAUAAAACUGGUUGUAUUACUGCUUAUUAUCCGGUUUUUAAAGUAAAGAAUGAAAGUAAAAUUAAACCUGAAUAUCUCUUUUGUAUCUGUCAAUCAGAAAAAUUUCGAGAACAAGCAGAUGCUUUCUUUCGUGGCACGGCUCGACCAAGUAUAAAUUUUGCUGACUUUUGUAAAAUAAAAGUUCCGGUUCCUUCUCUAGAAAAGCAAGAAAGCAUUAUUAGGGA